AGCCGCAGUGUUUGCUUUGCUCAGGGGCUUCUGCGUUUUUGUCAUGACCGCCUGAACCAGCCCACUCUGACCCAGCUCCUCGCCUCUUCCUCCGCCCUCCGCAAGCCUGGCUCGUGUUCCGGAGGGGCUCGUUUUGGAUUAAUUUCUUAUUUCCACAUUCAUGUCGAUGUUGAAACAUGCAGCCUCCGCCGAGAAAGGUAAAAGUGACGCAGGAGCUGAAGACCACUCACACGGAGCAGCUCACCCGACUGCACCUUAAACACCAGACCGAAUGUGAUUUACUGGAAGACAUGAGGACGUACAGCCAGAAGAAGGCUGCGCUGGAGAGAGACUACGCACAGGCUCUGCAGAAGCUGGCCAAUCAGUAUCUGAAGAGGGACUGGCCUGGCAUCAAACCGGACGACCAGCGGACGGACUACAGGAAUGUGUAUGGCGUGUGGAGGGCGUAUCUGGAGGGCACAGUGCAGGUGACCCAGUCUCGACUAUUCGUGUGUGAAAACUACAAGAACGAGAUCUCCGACCCGGCCAAAACCGUACGACUUUACAAAGAGCAGCAGCUGAAGAAGUGCAUCGAGCAGCUGGGCCGGAUCCAGGCUGAACUACAAGACUCGGUGAAGGACCUGGCCAAGUCCAAAAAGAAGUACUUUGAGCUGGAGCAGAUGGCCCAGGCCGUGCGGGAAAAGGCCGACAUCGAAGCCAAGUCAAAGCUGGGGCUGUUUCAGUCCAGGAUUAGUUUACAGAAGGCCAGCGUCAAGUUGAAAGCUAAGAGAAGUGACUGUAACUCCAAAGCCACUCACGCCCGGAACGAAUACCUGCUCACGCUCGCUGCGGCCAACGCACACCAUGACCGCUACUACCAGACUGACCUGGCCAGCUGCAUUAAGGCUCUGGAUGGUAAUGUGUAUGAUCACGUGAAGGAUUACUUGAUGUCGUUCUGCCGGACGGAGUUGGAAGCGGUCCAGGCCGUCCACAACACGUUCCAGUUUCUCCUGGAGAAGUCCAGUCGAGUGGUGCAGGACUUCAACCAGCAGCUGUUCCUACAGGAGAAUCCUGUUUUCCACAAAGCACAAGACUUCCAGUUUCAGCCUUGUGACAGUGACACGAGCCGGCAGCUGGAGUCAGAAACGGGCACCACCGAGGAGCACAGCCUGAACAAGGAGGCACGGAGAUGGGCGACCCGCGUAGCCCGAGAGCACAAAAACAUCAUCCAUUACAAACGGGCACUGGAAGAAUGUGAGAGACAGGGGACUCCUCCCUCAGAGCAGAGCCGCAACGACCUGGAGUUUAAAAUAGAGGAGGCCAAAGAGAACAUCCGCAAAGCUGAGACGGUAAAGCUGAAGGCAGAAGCUCGCCUGGACCUUCUGCGGCAGGUGGGCGUUUCCGUGGAUACGUGGCUGAAGAGUGCCAUGAACCAGGUGAUGGAGGAGCUGGAGAACGAACGCUGGGCGUCCCUGCCCUCCCUCACUACCCACGAUCCUUCACUCUCAACCACGGUGGACUUGGACAGAGAAGAAGGAGAAGAUCUUGAAGAAAACAUGGAGGCGUUUGAUGACAGCAGCUCCAGCCCUUCAGGAACCCUGAGGAACUACCCGCUCACCUGCAAGGUGCUCUACUCCUACAAGGCGUCUCAGCCUGACGAGCUGACCAUCGAUGAGCAUGAAAUGCUGGAGGUCAUAGAAGAUGGAGACAUGGAGGACUGGGUCAAAGCGCGGAAUAAAUCAGGUCAUAUUGGCUACGUGCCAGAGAAGUACCUGCAGUUCCCCACCUCUAACAGCUUACUGAGCAUGCUCCAGUCUCUGGCUGCCCUGGACGCGCGUUCACACACCUCCAGCAACUCCACGGAGCCUGAGCUGGCCUCGGGCAGCAUCAACGGAGACGCCAGCAUGAACUUCGUUAAGGCCAUAUAUGACUAUGAGGGACAGACGGAUGAUGAGUUAUCCUUCCCUGAGGGUGCGGUCAUACGCAUCCUCAAUAAGGACAAUCAGGAGGACGAUGGAUUCUGGGAGGGAGAAUUUAACGGCCGUGUUGGUGUCUUUCCAUCCGUACUGGUGGAGGAUCUGACUGCAGAGAACGGAGACAUACACUGGGCCUCGGACGCUCAGGUGUCUUCGUGUCCCAGGCUGACGUCAUCGCUGCCCCCGUUACCCCUGUAUGAGCAGCCCCCAUGCAGCCCCUACACCAGCCCAGACUCUGGCUCGGCCCCCAUGCUGCCCCGCUCGCCCUCAGCCCUCAAUGGAGAGCACAAACCGCCUGGCCUGCAGAAGGCACCCGCCCACAAUCACAGUUCCAGCCUGAGUCCGGAGAGUCCAGGCUUCUCCCAGCCGGCCAGAUUCACCCCCGACGCGUCUGGCCCAGGCAAACUUCGGCCUGUUCGUGCAGCCCCACCUCCCCCAAAACAGCACCCUCGCAGGCAGGUGGAGAAGACGGAGGAAGUGGAGAUCACGCUGGUGUAACAGCGCCGCCCUUCUGGUUGGAGGACUCAUCUGCACCUGACCUCAAACUCCUCCCACUGGUAUCAGAAGUAAAUGCUAGUGGUAUUUACUCUGCAAGGAGGAGGAUUGCAUCUCAAAGCCCCUCUCCUUUUUUUUUGUCCUGGAAACACCUCUUCUGGCGUCACAGACUGUUUGGUGCCUUUAACCCUUUUCAUGCCAAAUCCAGUCCUUGUAUUUGUAACUGUACACUGUUUUAAAGGCAGGUCUCAACCGUGAUCAUGAACUUGUCCAUAUCAGUGGGUCUCUGGGGUGGUUUACACCCACAAAACGCCACAAAAAAACAACAGUUGCUGACCAGUCUUGUGGCUUUACCUGUUAGAAUGUUAUGCUGUGCAAACGCAAGGCGGCAGACAAGGAUGAAUCAAGCAUCGUAAAGGUAAAAGAGGCUUUACUUGCACAUAUACAUAUCAAGCAGGCUAUACAAUAGCAGAAAUGCAAUAGCAGGAGGUGUUGGGGCACAUGGUUUGAGGAUGGGGGCUGAUUGUAGUGGGUGUGGGUGACUAAGAUUGCCCUGGCUUCAGCCACAGUGUAGUCCUACCGUAUGUAUUUAAUGUGUAUUAGUACAGUACAUUACUGUCGUCAUAGGAAUGUUCAGAAUAUGUGCAACAUUUCCUCAUAUAAUGUAACUGAGUGGACGCUUUUUUCAAAAUGUCAUAGAACGUCAUAGUGUUGACAUGAGGAGACAGAGAACCGUGGAAUUGUGUAUAAAAGAGUAAAAUGGUGGAAAAAGAGAGAGGGAGGGAGGGAGUAGGAGAGAGGAUGGAAGAGAAUGAAGGCUGGAUCCUCCAUUUGCUUUUUUUUUCCCCUCCUACCACACCCUCUCUUUCCUCUAGCCAAUCGCAUUACUCCUCUGUAUCGUGUUGAUCCGAGUACAGUACUAACUUGCAUAGAUAUUAUCCUUUUCUCAGCUUUUCAUUAUGAAGGCGUUUGUACGUAUUACUAAUAUUUAGUCCUGGAAAGGAAGCGUGAGUGGAGUUUUUCAGACGUGUUGACGCGUGUUGUCACUCAGAGUGAGCCGUCAGGUCAACGUCGGGCCUCAGCGUCACUUCACGGCCGAACCCGUUUGCAUUAUGCCAAUCAAAAUACGAGCAUUAGUUAAAAGUGCUUUAAUUUCCUCUCCUAAUUCAUACCGUGCUCUCUCGUCACAUUAGCCAUGGCUAAAACUGAAAGGAUGUUUUCAGUCCUGGUGAUGUUCAGCUGCCAGAGAUGUGUUGGGAUGAGCUACGCAGGACUGUGGAAGGGAAGCUGUGGAGCUUUUUCAUUGUACUGACUAGGAAUUGGCAUUCGAACCACUGUUUUGCUGUUUAUAUCCCCUCAUUUUUAAUAAAUAUCAUAAUGAGAAUAUUCUGAAGGUUUAACAAUGGUUUAUUGUGUGCAGCCAGCAUAGGAGGCCAUUCGUACUCGCACUUGACACAGUUUAAUUCAUCUUUUUAUUGUGCAAAAAUGUGGGCACCCCUGGUCAAAUUUCAUUUUGUUUAGGUUUUUUUUAAGUGAAAAUUUUUCACAUUUUAAUGCAAAAUUACUCUUUAUUUGCUGAGAAAACAUAAAAUGUAGCCUGUUUAAAAUUUACAGCACAUUUUGUAUUUUAUGUCUUAUUUUUUUCUAAUAUGUGAAACUAAAUUUGCAAAAAAAAAAAACCUUGUAUUUAGUUUCCUUCCCUGUAGAGCAUUCGUUAACAUAUUUUCACUUAGAAAAUGACCAAAACACAUGAUUUGACUCAGGGGGUGUUCAAACUUUUGUAUACUACAAUCUGGUUAACAGUGCUUCAACAUAGAACCAUGAACACUCAAAGAUCCAUUUACAUGCUUAUAUAGCACCAAAAAGGGUUCUUCUAUUGCUACAAGCUUGACAUCAUAACAAUAGAAGAACUCUUUUUGAAUCUGCAUAGAACCAUUAUUUCAAAAGGUUCUACAUAAACCAUAUACAACUCACUCUCUAUCAGUCAGAAGAAUCAUUUUACCAUGCAAAGAACACUUUAAGCAUGCAAAUGAGUGUUCAUGGUUCUAUACAGACCCAUUAUCUUUACUAAAGAACCCUUGAAGAACCAUCUUUCAGCAUGUACUAUGUACAUGCCUUAUUCAACUAUCUGAGAAAGUAAACACAGAUACAUAAUAGAGCUGUCAGACAGUUAAAAUAUUUAAGAUUAUUCAUGAUUAAUCAAAUUAUUUUCAAAUUAUAGUAAAUCAUGAUUUGUCUUAUUUGCUCAAAUUUGAACCUGAAAAAAAUCAUCAGACUGUAUUUAAUAGUUUCAGUAAUUCAGAAGCUUUGUUUUCAUCAUGUGAACAGUUCACAUGAACCUGAACUUGAAAGUCAUGUGUUUUUCAAAUAGUUUUCAUCGCCGACCUCCAGUGAGAGCAGCAGUGUCUGCAUGUUCCAACUAAUGGG